UCUAAUUUCUAUUUUUUAAUCUAAAUUGAGACAAAAAAUAAUAAAUAAUGAUUUUAUUAACUUAUUUUUUAAUAUUAUUUUAGUAAAAGUUUAUUAAUUUCUAGAAAUAAAGUGAAAGGGUUUUGGUACUGACGUAGACGGUCCUGGCUUAGUUUUCUCGUGCCAUUCCGCUUUCACAGGGGAGACUGACGGAGAUACCCGAACGAACUUUCGACUAAGCGGCAUGAUGCGCACGCAUCCAACAGUAUCCCUUGCGCGUUCGGUGGGGCUCGGUAAUGGUCGGAGAGUAUUUGGCUGGUUCGUUCUGUCGAGCCGACAGCGAGCACAGUAGAUUGUCGACCGACAACCCUUUCGCGUGCGAACAUGUCUCGCCGCGGUUGAGCAAGAAUUCCCUUUUUUUCUUUAUCGUUUUUUUUUUUUAUCCGUCUGUCUCGAUUUGAACGUUAAUAUAAACAGUGCCAAAAAAAAGAAGCACAUCGUAUAGAACGUCUCGCACCUGCCGAUACGUAUCGACGUUUCGUGGUUAGCAGUGUGUGACACGUCGAGCCGUGUCUAUUGUCUCACUCUCUUUUCAUAUAUAUAUAUAUAUUUCCCCAACCCUCUCUGUCUUUUUCACCUUUUUCUCUGUUCGUGAUUACUCGGAAAAACAUGGAUGAGGCCAAUGGAAAAAUGCGAAGCAAACACGAGGACGUUGAUGCUGCGUCUCUCAGUGCCGACAUCCUAAACCCUUUCGUGCAUCGUCUCGAGCUCGACACAACCUACGACAAACUCAAGACGGCAUUCCUGACUGUGGCUCUCCUACCAUUCAGACUAGCUGCAAUUACGGCUCUGGUGAUCAUGGCCUGGCUUUUGGCUUGUCUAGGUCUUCUUGGAUUGUCCGAGGAAGAUCUUCGACGCGCACCUUUGACGGGGUGGAGACGAGACAUGCGAAUUGUGAUCUGCUGGAUGAUGCGAGCAUUGUUCAUCUGCGGUGGAUUUCAUCACCUGAAGGUCAAAGGUCGUAGAGCAGAAUCAAAGGAUGCCCCCGUGUUAGCCCUAGCCCCGCAUUCAAGCUUCUUCGACGCACUUCCGGUUGUUUACCUCGGCGGACCGAGCAUCGUCGCCAAAGCGGAAAUCGGGCGCAUUCCUUUUUUCGGAAAACUUAUCAACUAUACGCAACCAGUCUAUGUUUGGAGAGAAGAUCCGAAUUCACGACAAAAUACGAUUAAGGAAAUUAUCGAAAGGGCUACUUCGAAAGAAGAUUGGCCACAGGUGAUGAUUUUUCCCGAAGGUACUUGUACAAAUCGAUCGUGUCUCAUUACUUUUAAAUCAGGAGCAUUUUAUCCCGGUGUUCCUGUUCAGCCUGUUUGUAUCAGAUAUCCUAAUAAAUUAGACACCGUAACGUGGACCUGGGAAGGUCCUGGAGCAUUAAAAUUACUGUGGCUUACAUUAACACAAUUGAAUAGCAGUUGUGAAAUAGAGUUCCUCCCCGUUUACAAACCAAGCGAAGCCGAAAAAACAGAUCCUAAGCUUUAUGCAAAUAAUGUCCGACGUCUUAUGGCGGAAGCAUUACAAAUUCCUGUAUCAGACUAUACGUAUGACGAUUGUCGAAUUAUUAGCAAAGCUCAUCAAUUACAUAUACCACGAGCAUCUACCAUAGUGGAAGCUCAUAAACUUCGUAACAAACUUGGUUUGGUAUCGACAAAGAUGGAAGAAGAAUUAGUUCAGAAGAAAACAGAAAGAUUUAGCGAAGAAGUUAAUUUACACGAAUUUGCGCAAAUUCUUAGAAUAGAUGCAAAAGAAUCUGCUACUCAACAACUGUUUCGAAUACAUGAUAGACAAGGGAAUGGUAAAAUAGAUUUGGAACAAUAUUUAUUCACAGUACUAGCCACAACAAAUGCAAAUUCGGAGCUAGACAAAGUUGAAACAGCGUUUGAAGUAUGUGGCACAAAAUCAUUAUCGUGUAUUAAUAAAAUGGAAUUAAGAAAAGCUUUAAAACUCUCGUUAAAUGUGCCGCUGGAAGAAUCUGAUAAAAUUUUUCAGAAUGCAAAAAUUGAUUUUGCCGAUACGACAGUGAAUUUUGAAUUCGUUUUAGCCGCACUAGCAGCAAGAACAGAAUAUUCUCAUAUAUUCGCUGGAAAUCCUGAAACGAGGAAAAAAAAUAUUUGAGAGUAUUUCAUCAACUCGUUCCAUGUUCAUCGAAGAUACAGGACACAUCGUGUUUGUGGCAGACCGCUUCUUAAUCAGAUAUGUGCUAGUCCUGUGUAAAUUUGUUCCAUUCUUGCUGAUAUUACUAUCUUCUCAACGAUUAAAUAACCAUUCAUUGUUUAGUAUUAUAUUAUCGUUGACGAAGCAAGAAAUAUUGUCUUCGUGAAAACUAAGAAAAUCAUAUAUGGAACGAGAAAAAUCUAUAGAGAUUAUAAUAAUCGUACUGAGCGAACAUUAAAUAGAAAAGUUUUUCAUACGAAUAAAGUAAAUUUUUAAAAGGAGUGCAAAAAUCCAAAAUAAAAUAAAAAAGAAAAAAGGAUGAUAUAUAU